AUGGAGACAGAAACUCAAUAUCAAAUUUCUCCAGAAGGUGUGUGUUACUAAUUAUAUCUUUAGAUAUCGAAUUUCUGAAUGAUAAAUAUCGUCUGGUUUUCACAUACCCUGCAGCAACAUUUGCCAUUUCUGCUAUUAUCCUUGCAUCCACAAGAUUUUUGAGUUUUCCGAUAUUCUUUAGAAAUCCUCUAGAAGUAAUCACUAAAAUAAUUUAUCAGUCUCCAGAAGGUAAUGCUCUCUUUUAUACCAGACUAUCAAAAAUGGCGAAACCACCAUUAUUAUUAUAUGGCGCAUGUGUAGGAGGAGCAAUUGGGUUAUUUUAGUAUGAAUUAGCUAAAUAUCACAUAUUUGUUAAAUAUAAAACUUUAGUAAAUACUUAUUUGGAUGCUUGUGAAGCUGUCUAUGUGAGUGAAUUAAAAAAAACUCAAGAAAAAUGA